AUGCUUAUUGGCAUUUGCGGCAGUCUCUGUGCCGGGAAGAGCACUGUUGCUCAAUAUCUCGUUGAGCAUCAUGGCUUCAAACGGCUUCGCAUCAGCAAGUCUCCGAAGGAGCCAGUGAAGGUAGAGGGCCAAGAUGGCGUCAAUGGUACCUCCACUUCAGGUCAGACGCAGACAGCUGUCACUUCGAAUGGCAAAUUACUAGAGUUUCCCACCGAGACCGACCUUUUGGAUUUUGUCACAAAACGAUGGCGGGACCGCUUCGUGACCCUGGUCGAGGAUGCCAACCUCCUCGACCUCCUCGCCAAACGCCCUUUCUUCCUGCUCAUCAGCGUCGACGCCCCGCUCACCAUUCGCUGGGAGAGAUAUCAAAAACUGCAAAAGGAAGGUCCCGUACAGGAGGACCUCGCAGCCUUUGUCCAGCGCUCAGACGAGCACCUCUACGAUGCCGCCUCGGGCCACAUGGCGCUCAUGUCUCGCGCCACAGUCCGGCUGCUCAACACGUCCUCGUCGGUCGCGCACCUCUUCGCGACGCUCGGCAAGGUCGACCUGCCCAACGAGGACCGUCUCCGCCCGACCUGGGACGCGUACUUCAUGUCGCUGGCCAGCCUGGCGGCGCAGCGCUCCAACUGCAUGAAGCGGCGCGUGGGCUGCGUCCUCAUCCGCGAGAAGCGCGUAGUAUCGACGGGUUACAACGGCACACCGAGGGGCCUUCUGAACUGCGGCGAGGGCGGGUGCGGGCGUUGCAAUGAGGGGUUGAGUUCGGGCGUGGGACUCGCUACGUGCUUGUGUCUGCACGCGGAGGAGAAUGCGCUCCUCGAGGCCGGAAGGGAUCGGAUCAGAGAUGGCAGCAUCCUGUACUGCGAUACAUGUCCGUGUCUGACCUGCAGCAUCAAGAUCGCCCAGGUGGGCAUCAGUGAAGUUGUUUACAGCCAAGGGUAUAGCAUGGAUACCGACACGGCUGCAGUGUUGCGUGAGGCUGGGGUGAAGCUGAGGCAGUUUGUUCCUCCACCAAACGGCUUGAUACAUCUAGAGAAGUCUGAGUUUUACUGA